CAAUAGCUUAGAGCUUAGAGGCAAUAGCUCUGGUCUGGUAGUUUGUUGGUUGAGUGAGUUGAGGCAUUGCCAUUGAAAGAAUAUUCUUUUAACAGUGAUCAACCCACUGACCUAGCAAUCUGCCAAAAGUUCAUUUAUAUGAUUUUAUGUCGUGUUUCCCUCUAUUUCGGCCAAAUCCACUCUAAAAAAAAAUACGUACACGUUAACUUAUCACCUCCACAACUUCCUCUGCCUGUGUCCCGAACCACUUUCCAUAUCCCACUUUCUAUUAUCAAGGCAAAUCAAGUUUUUUUAACAAUUUUUUUUGAAAUAAUUCAAUCUACCCCUUCUUUGGCGUUGAUUUGUUGGUGUUCGAAAAUGAGUCUCUGUGGGAGUGUUUCUGCUGUGCAUUUGAACUUCCAAAGCAACACAAUAAGCAUGGGAAGCGUCUUAGCUUUUAGAAGUGGUGAAUCCAUGGGACAUACCUUGAGAAUUCCUUUUAAAAAGGGGUCAAGUAAGGGUGCUUGCCCUUUGCAGGUGCUUUGUAUAGAUUAUCCAAGACCUGAGCUUGAGAAUACUGUUAACUUUUUGGAGGCUGCGUCUUUAUCUGCUUCUUUUCGUUCUGCUCCCCGUCCAACUAAGCCAUUGAAAGUCAUAAUUGCUGGUGCAGGUUUGGCUGGUUUGUCAACUGCAAAAUAUUUAGCAGAUGCAGGUCACAAACCUCUGUUGCUAGAAGCAAGAGAUGUUCUAGGUGGAAAGGUGGCUGCAUGGAGAGAUGAGGAUGGAGAUUGGUAUGAGACAGGCCUACAUAUAUUCUUUGGGGCUUACCCAAAUGUGCAAAACCUGUUUGGAGAACUUGGCAUCAAUGAUCGGUUGCAAUGGAAGGAGCAUUCUAUGAUAUUUGCAAUGCCAAAUAAACCUGGAGAGUUCAGCCGAUUUGAUUUUCCAGAAGUUCUACCUGCACCUUUAAAUGGGAUAUGGGCCAUUUUGAAGAACAAUGAAAUGCUGACUUGGCCAGAGAAAGUGAAGUUUGCAAUAGGACUCCUACCAGCAAUGCUUGGUGGACAACCUUAUGUUGAGGCCCAAGAUGGUUUAAGUGUUAAAGAGUGGAUGAAAAAGCAGGGUGUACCUGAUCGUGUGACUAACCAGGUGUUUAUUGCCAUGUCAAAGGCACUGAACUUCAUUAACCCAGAUGAACUUUCAAUGCAAUGUAUACUGAUUGCUUUAAACAGAUUUCUUCAGGAGAAAAAUGGAUCCAAGAUGGCAUUCUUGGAUGGCAACCCUCCAGAGAGGCUUUGCAUGCCUAUUGUUAAUCAUAUUGAAUCACUGGGUGGCGAGGUCCGGCUGAACUCACGAAUAAAGAAAAUAGAGCUUAAUGAUGAUGGGACUGUGAAGAGUUUUCUUCUAACUGAUGACAAUACAAUUGAAGGAGAUGCUUAUGUAAUUGCAACUCCAGUUGAUAUCCUAAAGCUACUUUUGCCUGAAGACUGGAGAGAGAUUUCAUACUUCAAGAAAUUAGAGAAAUUAGUUGGCGUUCCAGUUAUCAAUGUUCACAUAUGGUUUGAUAGGAAAUUGAAGAACACCUAUGAUCAUCUACUCUUUAGCAGAAGUCCCCUUUUAAGUGUAUAUGCCGACAUGUCCGUAACAUGUAAGGAAUAUUACAAUCCAAACCAAUCCAUGUUGGAGUUAGUUUUUGCUCCUGCAGAAGAAUGGAUUGCACGAAGUGACUCAGAAAUUAUUGACGCUACAAUGAAGGAACUUGCAAAGCUCUUUCCUGAUGAAAUUUCUGCAGAUCAGAGCAAAGCAAAAGUCGUAAAGUACCAUGUUGUUAAAACACCAAGAUCUGUAUAUAAAACUGUACCAAAUUGUGAACCCUGCCGUCCCUUGCAAAGAUCUCCAAUAGAGGGAUUCUAUCUAGCGGGUGAUUACACAAAGCAAAAGUAUUUAGCUUCGAUGGAAGGUGCUGUUCUUUCAGGGAAGCUUUGUGCAGAGUCUAUUGUACAGGAUUAUGAAUUGCUUUGUACUUUGGGGCAAAGAAAGUUGACAGGAGCAAGGGUUCACUGAUGGCUUUUAAGUUGAGGUAAAAAAUUCACAAGUUACGGAGGAUCAUCCACAUAUCAUUCGUUUAAGGCCAGUAGGUUUGUGGUCUUUCAGCAGUACACAUAUAUUAUAUACCCCUUAUAAAUCUGUAACAUGUGCAAAAACAGCCUCACAAAACUGCGUGUAAGAUUCUUUUAAUGGAAUCUAUAUGAUCUUCAGUUAUCCUGUUUAAAAAAAAAAGGAAUCUAUAUAAUCUUCAUCGUUCUAGCAACUUCUAAGUUAUUGAGGAAUCAUCUAAUUGUCAAAUCACAAUUAUGCUGUUGAAUGCAUUAGCUAUCUUUUAGUCAACAAAUUAAGAUGGAAACAUUAAGUGGUCAUUGACAUUUAGAUUGAGUGUUAAGCUAUAAGUUUGAAAUUAAGGCUUCCCUUUUGUGGCGAAGUUAAAAUGGGAGAAUGGAAGGGAUGAGGGAAAAGGAGAAACAAAAAUAUUUUUACCUGUGUUCAAUUCAAUAGGAGAGAAAAAUGAGAGAAAAGAGUUUGACCAGAUAGAGCAUUACACCAUUACGAGAAAAACCAUCAAAAUUAGUACUUUUUGAAAUCACAAGCGUAACAAUAACAGAUAAGAGUAGGGAUAGAGUUAUGUUUCAGGAUAUUGGCUCAGCUGCACUUGUCGUAUCUUCUCACUUGUCUCUUUAUUUCUUCUAUAUCUGCUACUUAAUUUUAGAAGAUUAUUACUUACACAGCAAGUUUUUGUUUUGUAGCCAUCAGGCAUAUUAGUUAUGGCCCUUGGUUACGCAAGUAGAUUUUUUGUUCUUGCUGUUGACAUCAGGAGGUGGACAUUGUGUAGGAGAUAACCGCUUCAUGCAUGAAUCCGGCAUAUUGAUACUUUUCCUCUAUUAGAUUUCUCUGAAUUCAUUGACCCUCUUUCCUACAAAAACGACCCAAAAACAAAAGCAAAGUACCGAACAAACCAAAAGAGAUAUAGAAUCUAGAACUUAUCAAGAACAUAAUGAUCUGAUGAUAGUUGUCUUGUUUUUGUCCCUGUGGUUACAACUUAAAGUACAUAGACUAAUACUUACCAAAGUGUAUGUGUUUAUGAUUGAAGUUGGAGGCGGAAUUAGUGAAAGUGAUAGUAGUAAGACAAGUAUAGAAAGGAUAAACUGAUAUCUGCUGAAGUCAAUGGCAGCUCGAUCGGAUUGGAUUCUACUUAAUUGUAGAUGAGAAAGAGGAUUCUGGUAGUCAAUUUGUUGAAGGGAAUGACUAUAUUGUUAAUGGUUAUAAAAUAACUGCUUACAAAUAAGAAUAUUUGGAUUCAUUCUCCAUGAUGAAGAGAUCCUGCUCCAUUAGUUGUUCAUUCCAAGUGUUUCUUUGAGAAUUCCUUGUUGUAAAUGGCGGCUUUGGUUUUCUUAUUCAAUAUUUGAAGUUUCAGAAAUAAUGCCAGUGAUGGCUUAUGUCAGAUAUCAACAAUUAUGGUCACGAAAUUGUUAUAUUAGCUCUUCCAUUCAUGUACAAGCACAACAAUGUGGAAGCGAGGUUUCUUAUUCGCAACACUGACUGAGUGAGAUGUUAGCCCUUCUAAUUUUCUUCUAACUCACCCUACAUUUACUUCUAUGCUAAGGAAGUUUCUUGCAAUCCAAGUCUUGUCCUUCUUUGGAUCAAAGUUCCAACUAAAACCUAGAAUGGUAUUUGGUUAAUCAUUUUAUUGGAGUGAAAUGUUCAUUUUUGCCAUUUUGAUCUAAUUUUGAUCAAUUUAAUCAUUGUGUUAUCAUCACGAGUUAAAUCAAGAAUAAUUGAUAGCACAAUAAAAAAAAUCGUUAAUUGUGAUAUAGUGAUCAUGUUGUGAAGCUUUCAUAGACUGUUAAUGUGAAAUUUUUAGUAUUUUUCAGUUCACAUGAUUUUUUUAAAAUAAAAAAUAAUAAUUAAUUACAAAUUUUUUAAAAAAAUUCAGGAUAACAAAAAAUAUUUAAAAUUCCAAGUC